AUGAAGCUCUCCACACUCGCAGCAACCCUCGGCCUCAGCGCCGCCGCUUCAGCUUCGAAAUCUAUCAACUACACCACUGUCCAAGGCUACUUCAUCCAGGAUGACCCAUCCACAGACCCAUCCAGCUUUGACUACACAUCCCACAACUUCGGCCUACUCGACCGCACCUACGACGCAGACAAAGUCGCGCAGCACUCGCGCUCAAGCUCAGGCUCAGGCAUAAUCCCCGGAGCCAGAAACCUAACCCAGUGGGAACGCUUCCACCGCCAGCUGGAAUAUCUAAACUCCAACUCCCCCAAGCACGUCAGCUACAAGCUCUUCUUCCUCGGCCGGCACGGCGAGGGCUGGCAUAAUGCUGCGGAGGAUUAUUUCGGGACCCCGGCUUGGAAUUGCUACUACUCCCUCCUAACGGGCAACGCCACAACAACCUGGUUCGACGCAGACCUCACCCCAGAAGGAAUCAACCAAGCCCAAAUCGCACACACCUACUGGGCCUCCCAGUCCAAGGAGCAGAAGAUCCAUUUCCCAGAUGCUUACUACUCCAGUCCGCUUACGCGGUCGCUGAAGACGGCGAAUCUCACUUUUGCGGGAUUUCCCCAGCUAGUAUCAUCCCGGGCCCGACCUGGCAAUGCUGCUGCGGCGUUUGUGCCGCAGGUUAAAGAGGCGUUUCGGGAGGGGGUUAGCUUGCAUACGUGUGAUAGGCGGCGGUCGAAGAGUUAUAUUGAGGGGUUGUUUCCUGAUUGGACGUUUGAGGAGGGGUUUACCGAGGAAGAUGAAUUGUGGACUGGCGUUAAGGGGGAGACAAGCGAGGCGCAGGAUUUGAGGUCGCGCGGGGCGUUGGAUGAUAUUUUUAACUCCCGGGGUCGAACUGAGGGUGAGAAGAAACCUAGAGGGCGUGGUGGUGCCCAUGUGCCUAGCCAUGGAGAUGAAGAUGGUGAGAAGCUGGUUAUCUCGGUUACGGCGCAUUCGGGCGAGAUCACGUCUAUCCUGAGAGUUAUUGGACACCGAGAGUUUAAGCUGAAUACUGGGGCAGUGAUCCCUGUGUUGGUUCGUGCGGAGGAGGUGCACGAGCCUGAGCCCACAGCGACGGUGUCGUGGACCGCGAGUGCCCAUUGUACGGCGGCGCCGGUGACAUCGACCGCGUCUGGGUGUGUUUGCGCAAGCUCGGCAGUGCCGGUGACGACGGGGUUCCCGGUAUUCGCUACAGAGACUCCAUACUAG